AUAGGAAAGGGUCGGGCCACAUGCCCGCAUCCCCCCUUCUCCUCCCGGACCUGACGGAACUGCUCUCUCGCCAUUUUCCCGCCGCGAAGCCAUUUCAGGAGGACGAUUUGCUGCUUCCGCCACCCCCGCAGCCGGCGGGGAGCACCUCACGACGGCUCUGCGGGGCCGGCACGACCUCCCCACUCCAGAGCUCCCUCCCGACCCUUCUGACCCUCCGGGAUCGCGGAUUGGCUGGUGGGCCGCCUCGUCCCAGAAUGCAUUGCAUGGCGCGUCAUUGAACAGAGACCAUGAUGGCGGCGGCCGCGGCGGCGGGGGGAGCCUCCGAGGUGAUCGCUCAGCUGGAGAGCGCGGCCAAAGUGCUGAUGGCACCACCCUCCAUGGUCAAUAAUGAACAACGUCAGCACGCCGAACACAUAUUUUUAUCAUUUAGAAAAUCAAAAUCGCCGUUUGCAGUUUGCAAACAUAUUUUAGAAACUAGUAAAGUGGACUAUGUCCUUUUUCAAGCCGCCACAGCGAUAAUGGAAGCAGUUGUACGAGAAUGGAUUCUGUUGGAAAAAAGCAGUAUAGAAUCACUACGAACAUUCCUUUUAACAUAUGUCUUACAAAGGCCAAACCUCCAGAAAUAUGUACGGGAACAGAUAUUGUUAGCAGUAGCAGUAAUAGUGAAACGAGGGUCUUUAGACAAAUCAAUUGAAUGCAAGAGCAUUUUUCAUGAAGUCAGUCAGUUGAUAAGCAGCGGCAAUCCCACAGUGCAAACUCUGGCCUGUUCCAUUUUAACCGCAUUGCUAAGUGAGUUCUCAAGUUCAAGUAAAACCAGCAACAUUGGAUUAAGCAUGGAGUUCCACGGCAAUUGCAAACUAAUAUUUCAGGAGGAUGAUCUCCGUCAGAUCUUUAUGCUCACAGUAGAGGUACUACAGGAAUUCAGCCGGCGUGAAAAUCUUAAUGCUCAGAUGUCUUCAGUCUUUCAGCGCUACCUUGCACUAGCCAAUCAGGUCUUAAGCUGGAAUUUUCUUCCUCCAAAUUUAGGCAGACAUUAUAUAGCUAUGUUUGAAUCCUCACAAAAUGUGAUGCUAAAGCCAACAGAGUCCUGGCGUGAGACCCUCCUGGACAGCAGAGUGAUGGAGCUUUUCUUUACAGUGCAUCGAAAAAUUAGAGAAGACACGGAUAUGGCACAAGACUCUCUGCAGUGUUUAGCCCAGCUAGCCUCUCUUCAUGGGCCAGUCUUUCCAGAUGAAAGCUCUCAAGUUGAUUAUUUGGCUCACUUCAUUGAGGGAUUGCUCAAUACCAUCAAUGGGAUUGAGAUAGAAGAUUCUGAAGCUGUGGGCAUAUCCAGUAUAAUCAGCAAUUUGAUCACUGUAUUUCCUCGCAAUAUAUUAACAGCCAUUCCAAAUGAACUUUUCUCUUCGUUUGUUAACUGCCUCACGCAUCUCACAUGCUCUUUUGGAAGAAGUGCUGCCUUGGAAGAAGUUCUUGACAAAGAUGAUAUGGUAUAUAUGGAGGCAUAUGACAAGCUCUUGGAAUCAUGGCUUACCUUGGUACAAGAUGAUAAACAUUUCCACAAAGGCUUCUUUACUCAGCACGCUGUUCAGGUUUUUAAUUCUUACAUCCAGUGCCACUUAGCUGCUCCUGAUGGCACAAGGAAUUUGACUGCCAAUGGUGUGGCUUCCAGGGAGGAGGAGGAAAUAAGUGAGCUGCAGGAGGAUGACAGAGAACAAUUUUCUGAUCAGCUGGCCAGCAUAGGCAUGUUAGGAAGAAUUGCUGCUGAACACUGUAUACCUCUUCUUAUCAGUUUGUUAGAAGACAGAGUGACAAGGCUUCAUGGCCAGUUACAAAGGCAUCAGCAAUUAAUAAGUUCAGCUGGAUCAAGCUCUAUUGACAAUAAAAUGCUUGAUGACUUGUAUGAGGAUAUUCAUUGGCUUAUUCUAGUCACAGGCUACCUCUUAGCUAAUGAUACUCAGGGAGAGACUCCGCUAAUACCUCCAGAAAUAAUGGAGUAUUCCAUUAAGCAUUCAACUGAGGUUGACAUCAAUACAACGCUUCAAAUUCUUGGAUCUCCAGGAGAAAAGGCCUCUUCCAUUCCAGGGUACAACAGAACCGAUUCUGUUAUUAGGUUAUUGUCUUCUGUUCUAAGAGUUUCGGAAGUGGAGUCUCGAGCAAUAAGAGCAGAUCUUACGCACCUUCUGAGCCCGCAAAUGGGAAAAGAUAUUGUGUGGUUCCUCAAACGGUGGGCAAAAACCUAUCUCCUCGUAGAUGAAAAGCUUUAUGACCAGAUAAGCUUGCCAUUCAACACUGCGUUUGGUGCUGACACUGAGGGUGCCCAAUGGAUUGUGGGAUACCUUUUAGAAAAAGUACUCAGCAAUCUUGCAGUAUGGAGUUCUGAGCAAGAACUUGCCAAUGACACUGUGCAGCUACUGGUAACUUUGGUAGAAAGGAGAGAGAGGGCAAAUUUAGUAAUUCAGUGUGAAAACUGGUGGAACUUAGCAAAACAAUUUGCCAGACGGAAUCCCCCUCUUCAUUUUCUAUCCAGUUCAGUGCAACGUACAUUAAUGAAAGCCUUAGUUCUUGGGGGGUUUGCUCAUAUGGAUGGAGAUACCAAACAGCAGUACUGGACAGAAGUUCUUCAGCCACUGCAACAACGAUUCUUAAAUGUGAUAAACCAAGAAAACUUCCAACAAAUCUGCCAGGAGGAGGAGGUGAAGCAGGAAAUCACUGCCACCUUAGAAGCACUUUGUGGUAUUGCUGAAGCUACCCAGAUAGACAAUGUAGCAAUUCUCUUUAAUUUUCUGAUGGACUUUCUUACAAAUUGCAUUGGACUAAUGGAGGUGUACAAGAAUACACCAGAGACAGUUAACCUCAUUAUAGAAGUUUUUGUUGAAGUUGCACAUAAACAAAUAUGCUAUCUUGGAGAGUCUAAAGCCAUGAAUUUAUAUGAAGCUUGUCUGACCCUUCUUCAAGUAUAUUCCAAGAAUAAUUUAGGUAGACAACGAAUAGAUGUUACAGCAGAAGAGGACCAAUACCAGGAUCUUCUUCUCAUUAUGGAGCUUCUCACAAACCUACUUUCAAAAGAAUUUAUAGAUUUCAGUGAUACGGAUGAAGUAUUUAGGGGACAUGAACCCGGGCAAGCAACAAACAGAUCCGUAUCGGCAGCAGAUGUUGUCUUAUAUGGAGUGAACCUAAUCCUGCCUUUAAUGUCCCAAGAUUUGUUAAAGUUUCCAUCGCUAUGUAAUCAGUACUAUAAACUAAUCACUUUUAUUUGUGAAAUAUUUCCUGAGAAAAUUCCACAACUUCCAGAAGACUUGUUUAAAAGCCUUAUGUAUUCAUUAGAAUUGGGGAUGACAUCAAUGAGUUCAGAUGUUUGCCAGCUCUGCUUAGAAGCUCUAACGCCAUUAGCAGAACAAUGUGCAAAAACACAGGAAUCAGAAUCAUCCCUCUUUUUAGCAACAAGACACUUUCUUAAGAUGGUUUUUGAUAUGCUGGUACUGCAGAAGCACAAUACAGAGAUGACAGCUGCAGCAGGAGAAGCAUUUUAUACAUUAGUAUGUUUGCAUCAGGCAGAAUAUUCUGAAUUAGUUGAAACUUUACUAUCAAGUCAGCAAGAUCCCAUAAUUUACCAGCGGUUAGCAGAUGCUUUCAACAAACUUACUGCAAGCAGCACUCCGCCUACGCUGGACCGUAAGCAGAAGAUGGCCUUCCUCAAAAGUUUAGAAGACUUUAUGUCAAAUGUCGGUGGUCUUCUCUGUGUAAAAUAAAUACCAGAACUGUAUGCCUAACUUAGACCCUUUUUGCAAAAUGCACUGAAAAAUGCUGAAAGCUGACGUAAUCUUAAUUGCCUGUUGCUGGGUUUUUUGCAGCCAUCUAAAAUAUCAGAGAGCCUGGAAGUCUUGAGCAGUGGAAUAGGAGAUGUCAACUCUAAAAUCAGCUUCUGCUAAUAUGUGUUAGCCACCGUCUGUCAUAUACCUUUUAUGUUGUACAGAAUAAAAACAGAAAAAACUGAAAUGUUUAAAAGAAUUCCACAAGUGCAUACAGACAUGGGCACAGUAAAAACAAAAAAACCCUAACAAACCCAAGAAUCAGUGCCUUGUCCCAGAAGUCCUCAAGUAGUGAUGAAUCAAACUCCUAUAAUAUUUUUUGUUAUUGCUAGAAGCCCUUUUUGGUGCGUGAUUUAAACACAUACAGAACUGUAAAACAAUUCUAAGCUUUAUUUUUCCUCUCUGAAAACUGUGUAAACCAGUGAAGAAGAAACCACCAAAUGAUAUUUUUUAACUUGGAUUUAGUGUUUUUGUUUUGUUUUGCUUUUUUUACAUCAACCUGGCGUUGCAUGUUUGUGUAAUACAACUUUUUACAUUAUAUGCUGCUGCCCUAAAGUUCACAAAGAAGAAAGGUGUAUAUUUUUGUUUCCCCUGAAAUGAACUUUAGGAACUGUAGCCAUUUCAUUGCCUUAAUUUAAAACAAAAAAUAGUUGAAAUAAGUUAGGUGAGUUGUCUAAGGCAAACUUUGAAUCUUCAAAACUGGUUUAGAAUGUUGGCAUUAAACUGCCAUGUAUUUGUUUGCAGCCCUUGUGUGUUGAAGAGUAUUAUGUCUGUGAGUGUAAACAAAAAUCAAUGUAUACCUUUACUUUUAAUAUUUGUUGAGUCACACCCAUGUCACAUACACAACUGCAGUGUAUUUCAAGAUUGAAUUGUUUGCUGAAGCAAUAAUGUUUCAAAUUAUGUAAAUUAUUGAUUUCUACUUUUUUAUGUUGGGGCAUUAGAUUUAGUGGCUAGACUACACGAGCAUCAAACUCUUCUAGCAAAGGCCAUGCAUGUUUGACUUCAUGAUUCAGAAUACGGACCUAUGGUUUUAUAUUUUGCCACCAUCGUCAAAUUUAAUAGUACUGUCUUCUGCUGCUCUGAUCCCACUUGUUUGGUGUGUUGGCACUUUAACUAUGUAAGAUUACCGGUAUGGUUUCAUCCUGCACUCACCAAAUAGGUUGCCAUGGGAACAAAGUGGUAGGAUAUCAAGAAUAUGGAAGCAGAACAGUUAUUCAUAAUUGUAAGCCAAACUAAAUCAAUUGGAAUAUGUAUGCUGCUGAUUAAAAAUAAUCUUUUUUAAUGAAGGAAGGAGAUAAUUUGUCUCCAGAACCUUGUGCUUCAUACUUGCAAGAACUAAACUAUUGGAUAUUAACAAAUAAAUAUUUUUACAUUUUAUAUAGACAUGUAAGCCCUCACCUCAUCCUAGCAUAAUGUUUGCAAAUUCCAUGCCAGUCUUGAGCUGUUCAUCUCAACAUUUAAUCUCACUACCCAUAAUUAUUUAUAUAUGAUUUGAAAUCUUUAAUAUUAUAGAGUUUUAAGGGUCCAAGACUUCUUUAAUUCCUUCUCAUUAAACCACAAUCAGAAAUCAAGGGAAAGAUGGGCCGUGGUUUGUAAAUCUUUCCUAUGAAUUGUAAUGUUUUCAAACACUGAAGACUGGAUAGAGGAAGUUGCUUCCUUGAAUAAAUAAACAGAAAAGGGUUCAGUAAAGAAUGGAUCGGUUCAGAGAUCACUAUGAACUAAAUGGUUUGGCUUUCAGAACACUCUGUGACAAAGCCUUUGCACUUGAUUUAAUUUAGUAUGCUUGAAUGGCUGAGCUGAGCAAAUGUUGACUAUUUAGCCACUGAUUGGUCUCCUAAAUAUAAGUUUUAAAAUACAUAUUCCUAAUUCAUAAUUUGCCAUGAUAUCUGAACUGAGCCUGUUCAAUUCUCAAUUAUAUUGGUCCAUCUCUUUCUGUUAGUGUUGUUUGUAGAAUAAGGGAAUUGUUUUGGCUUCUGAUUUGUUAAUUUUAAAAAUUGGGUUGUCCUGCGGCUCCAACAUAAUUAUAUGUGUUUUAAUUAUGAUGAAUUCUAUAUGUGUCUUUUAAAACUGUUAACAUUUAAGUUUCUAAACCAAUUUGUUUUCAAAAUUUUACUCAUGGUGUUGAAAGAAAUUCUACUGCCUAUAUUUAACGCAUGGCAAUUUAUUGAUAGGAUGUAACUAAGCUCUCAUUUAUUGUGAACAAGUCUAGCUUAUAAAAUUAGUGCUUAAAGGUGCCAUGUGAACUUUUGGAAAUGUGAGACAUAAUGUUUAUCUCUGGAAGCAUUGAAGAGCCAGUUUGCACAAUUUCUUCAAAGUAGAAAUAGUUGCAAGGCAACAGUGAAUUGUGGCCAAGAAUUCCACUUUCUUGACUGUUUGGGGAAGAAUCUGCUUAGUGCCUGCUGAGCAUUAUCUCUUCAUUUCAAAUUAGUCUGUUUCAGUUUUCUGCACAAAUGAAUAUUGGUUGUGCACAACAGGUCUUGGUGGAUUGUUUCUAAACUGUCAAGGAUUAUUUGCAAUUUUAAACUUGCUUCCCAAUUUGAAAUGUAUAUUAUAUUAAAGGGACAAUAUCCAAUACAUUUUUAUCUGAAAUUUUGUAAUCGUUAGAAAUUUCUAAGAAGGCUAUCUUUCCAGUUUUUGUAUUUUUUUAAAGUAUGAAUAAUGCUAUCUUACCCCUACUCCACCUAACAUGUUUCCAGAUGUAAUACAGUGUAUCUCCACUCCUAAAUGUUGACAUUUAACAAUCCAGAAUUGUGCUACUAAUUAGGAAAGCUCACUUUGGAGCAUAGACAGAUUUAUCACACUGGAGAGCUCUUUUAUUACUAGAAAGGAAUCUUUAAUGGGAUGCGAUGUACUUCUUUUAGUGAAAACACAGACAAAGCCAAUGGAAGCCAAUUUAAAAAAAUGCAUUUCAGUUAGCUGGCGUUCUUUGAGAAUUUGGUUCCAUAUUCAAUAACCCCAAUGAGUCUGCUGAAAAGGAAAACAUUCAGUAAAAAAAAUACUUGAUGUAAGAUCCCAUUAUGCAACCUACAAUAUUAUAAUCCAGACAUACCAAAUAUGAUGUUUUCACAGAGCAAACCAUUUUCUUGGAAUAUCUUUCUAAUGAUAGCUAUUGCUGUUCUGUACUUCCAAAUUAUAUAUUCAGUUCUAUUGAUAGAUUUUCAAAACAUAAAAAACAUGAAUCACAUGCUUUCAACACAGAUAAACUGGCCUUGCUUUUAUCUUGGAUGUUGAUAGUACAAUUACGUUUUUCAAAGAAAAGGUCUGAAAUUCUAAUCUGAGCAUGUUAAAAUGCAAUUCAAAUAUUGAGUUGUCAUUAUAUUUAGUGAAAUAUAUGCAACUUCCAUAUAAAGACUAAAAUAAUUGAUAAAUUGCUUAAAAUUCAAAUUAAUUGUCCUACUUGACAGCUAAUUUAUCACAAUAGAAAUUGAAAUAAUUCAACCUGAUCUGAGCAAUUACUGGUGGAAAACAUAUACUGUAGUAACAUAUCUGCAGAAUAAUACCAAAGUCGGUUACAAUAGGUUCUCCAGUAUUCUGUGAUUUGUUAGUGGUUUCUUUUAAUGAACCACUUCCAUACAAAACUUAAACCAUGCAAAAGAACUCCAUCUGAAAAAUAAUACCACCCACAUAAAUUAUUGGAACUGAAAUUUAAUAAUAGCAUUUUCCAACAGGCCUCAAAGUAUUUUUUCAAAUCUUGUUUGCAAAAUUUUGUAAGUACAAAAUCACUUUUUGUGGUGCCACAUGUUUUGUAUGUCACUGUUCUUCAGAUUUAGCAGCAGUCAUAUUUCAAUCGGAUAGUCACAAUUGGAAGCAAUCUAUUGAAUUUUGUGAGCCUUUUGAAUAGGCACACAUACCCUUGUGCUGUGAAUAUUAUUGUCAAUGGCUAUUACAGAAAUGGAAAACUUGGUCUGAAGCAAACAAAAUAGAAUGGCAGUUUUGAGAUUACAUGAGUUCCAGAAUUCCACUAUUUAUUAUUGUAGUUGGAAUUGCUGGAAUAUUCCAUAAAAUGAAGCCAUAUUCAAUGUAAUAUAAAUAUAACAAUAAAAAAGCCUUUUAAGCCAGAAUAUUGGGGAAUGACAUAUUUCUUGUUAAAUAUUUUUUGUGUUUUGUCCAUGUGCAAUUACUGCUUUUUUUUUUACUAUAAGCUGACUUGAUCUGAAGAGUUAAAAUGGUUUUUCAGUUGUUUCUAUCAAAGAUAAAUAAAAAUAAUGAAUUCAGUUUUGCACUGAUUCAGUCUUCUUUAAAAUAUCACUAAGAUACAAGUUGAAUUUGAUCACUGCUUUUAGUAAACCAUGCUUUUAGAAUGAGUCAGCCAUAAUCAAACUGGCAAAAUAUAAUUAACUUCUUAACAUCACUGAUGUUAUUUUGAUCUUCUCACUUCUUUUUUUGGAAGAAGUAAAACAGUUAUUAAAUUCAAUUAUUUUUAUUUAUUACAGCCUUAAGUUAUUGAAAUAUUCCAAUUACUGGAGUUGAAACAUACUGUAUUUUCUAUCCUUCAGAUUUUGGUACCUAAACUUUAUAUCUGACUGAAUCUUACUAAUAUGAGUUCAGAACUUAACUGGAACAUUGAGUUUGCCAAUUACAUUUCUGUUAAAUGCAUGUUUUUAAUAAUUCGUUUAUUAAGCUCAAGAAUUACUAUUGAUUUAGGUCAGUCUCUUUUUAUUCCAGUCCCUUUCUACAAUGGAAAAUAUUUAAGCCACAGAUUGUCUGAAAUGAAAUUUUGCUUUAAAUUAAUAAGAUCUGGAAUAAACUUGAAAGUCAUGCGGGGACAGGGAAUGAUUUGAUAUUUUUAUGUAAAGAGGCAGAUUUGUGGUGUCUUGCAUAAUUGGGGUUCUUAGUAUGCUUUUGUUUUUUAAUACUAUAUAUAUUUUAAUACUGCUAUCCAAAUAAAGCAGCCUGGUCAAAAAAGAAAAAGAAAAUCAUGAAGGUAGUUAAACAGUAAGAAAUAAUUUUGUUUUUCAAAGCGGUCUGCAAUCUUAACCAGUUGUAAUUGACAGUGGGUAUUUAGAAAGUAGAAUAAAUGUUUUGAAUUGCAUUUGAAAACUUCUCUGUAAAUGUAAAUGAUAAUCUUGGUGCUUCAAUAUGUGAAUUUCAGUACUUUAAUUUUUUAUUAAAAGGGGGCAGGUUCUCAUUAAAUGUUUCAUUGCAUAAAUGUGUUUAGUUAAAAUUCCAACUCUUUUCUAUUGCAUCUAAGCCUUAUUUUUAUAUGAUCUUGUUUAAGGUUUGUCUUCAAUUCUAAAGUGCAUUAGAUUACCUUUUAACCAAAAAAGACUGAGGAAUUAUAUGAGAACCUUACAUAGUUUGUAUCUGUUGAAGGAUGAGUGAUUACUACAAGAAAGGUUGCAAAGAAAACUCUGCCUGAUUAUGUCUCUGAUUAUGUCUCUGCCUCUGACUAAAGGAUCUUAAUUUAGUCUAUCCCCUGCAAAAUGGUUGGGGAAAGAAUUUUCACUGGCUUAAUAACCCUAAUAGAUAUAUUUGCAAAGCUGUUUUAAAUGUUGUUUCUACUGUACAUUCUGCUUGUUAUGCUCCAUUACUUUUAAACGUUUUGCUAUUUUUGCUGUAUUUCUAAGAAAUCUCUUAGGAAAACCUCUUCUUACAACAUCAGCACUACUGGCAGUGAAUUCUUACAUUCUUCUAUACAUCCUUAAUGAAAGACUGUUGGCCAAAAUAUUUUCGGACUGCUUUAAGCUGUUAAACGCACUUUUGUGACUUUAUGGCUGUUGAAAAUGAAUUGUCUUGCAAAUAUUUUGAUAAACAUGUACUCAAUGAAAAACAAAUUUUUACUGACUCAGGAAAGCAAGUUGCAAUAGAUACCUGUCUCUUCUUUUAUAAGUGGAAUGUUUUAAUCUGCAUAUUUUAAGCCAGGUUAUGUUUAGAAUCUAGAACUUUAAAAGGGGGGGGGGGUACUUUAAUGCAAAGAAAAACAGGCCUAUUUACUUUUAAAUGUUUUUGUUCUCCAAAGUUUAUUAAGUUAUAUAUUUACCUAAUAGGUAACAGAAUCAAAGUUAUUUUAAGUUCUUUUCUUCAGCAGACAAUUAUGAGUAGUAGUAUAAGGGGGCAGGAUAGUUAAUUUGAGGCUGCUUGAAAUAUAGUCAAGACACUUAUUUAAAUUAGUUAAAUAUUUAAGGAAAGAUGAAUAGGAUGUACUGAAAAUAAUUUGUUGAUGGUUUGGCUAAAUAAUUAUACAUUACCUUUGAGAUUAUUGGAGAAGUCUAAUUGUCAUUUUCUUCAAAAAUAAAAAAGAGAAGUUGACAAAUUAUGGACAGGUCAGUCUAACAUUAAUAUGUGGGAAGAUUUUGGGAAGUAGUUCAUUAAAUGUGUAAUUAACAUAUAUCGGCAACAAAUCUUGACUCAUUUCAGUUACAGUAGCAAUGAGUGCAUCGUUGAAGGGCCACAUUAGGACAGAUUGUCAGAGAAUGGGUCUCUAAGAACUGCCCAUGACUUGAUAGCACAUGAUGAAUUAAUUUUGACCAUUACUUUAUCAAGUAGUUUAGUUAGUAGAUUGCGGGAAUGUUAUAUGUAAACCAUGACUUCCAAAAACGAUUUGAUAUGACAUUCUGGUUAGCAAAUUAGAAAGUACAGGUUGCAAAUAGUUGAUAUAAAAAUCAUAAUAAUCAAAUUAGAGUAAAGUACUAUGUAGGUGCCACACAAUUUAGACCUGGUUUCUAUAUCCAUCAACAUUUUUAUUAAUUUGGGUGAAGAAAUAAGGGAUGUUUCUCAAAUCUGUCAAUAACACAAGUUUUAGAAGAAUACUUAAUACCUUAUAAGAUAUAAAAUGUGGAAAGAUUUUGGUAAAUCAGAAAAAUAGAUGGGGAAAAACAACAAAUUGAAUACAGUCAAAUGUGAAUAUUGUCAAUAAGAAAACAGUCAAAUUGGUAGGUAAGGAUACUUGAAAUAAUAAUUAUGAAGGGUAUAUUUGUUAUAUAAAUAGGAAGUCUUGAUGAAGUACUGUCAAGAAAUAAGAGUUUUUGUGACGAGACUGAAUACCAAUCUCUAAAUGAUGUAAUGUGAAGAUGGUCAAUAAAUAAGGCUUACAGUACAACACAGAAUGAAGGAAGCAAAGAACAAGAUAAUUGUUAACCCUCCUGAAAAUCACUACACCACAAUAAAGCAACCAUCUUUUUUCCUGCUAUCCAUCCUGCUUUGUUAUGACUAUGAAAUCUAAAACAAAAAAUACCUUGGUACAGCACAGUAGUUUAUUAUGAACUGAAUGUGACACAGUAUAACUGCUUAAAAAGGCAAAUUCAGUUCAACAGAACUAUAAUAACAAUUGCUGUUCUGCAUUGGUCAGACCCUCUUGAAUAUUGUGUGAAACCCACACUUUUAGAAGGAAGCAAACUGGAAUGAGUAAUUGGAAAAUGUCAGAAGAGUGGGGGAUAUAAGUCUUCAAAUAGCUAAAAUGUGCUGUAGUCUUCAGAUUCAAAGGUAUUUGGAUUCAGUAGUGGCAGCUGAAUCUAAAGCACUUUUCUUGCUGAAAUUUUGAAGACUACAAAACUUUUUUUGGAGAGGACUUACAUAAAAGAAAGUGAAAAUGUAAGACCUGGAAUAAAGAAUUUGAAUCCCCAUAAAUCAGAUCCCAUUUUU